GGCGCGGGGCGUGCUCCCGGGGAGCGGCGCGCACGCGGGCGGGGAGAGAGGCUGGAGUCGGAGCACCCCCGGGCAAGAGUGGGAGGAUGCUGGGGGACCAGCUGGAAGGGAGCACCUCCGAGGGAGUGGGCAGGGCGGAGGGCCGGCCUGGGCCGGCCGUGGUGGCCACGGUGGCCGGGAGGAGGAGAGGCCGGCGGCUCGCUGCUCCGCCUGCGGCGGGGCUGGGGGGGAGGCGGAUCCAGGGAGACCCCAGGAGCAGAAGGUGCAUGAGUACCUAGAACUGGGUGAUGUGAGGGGGUCCCCCUUUGGGGACGCCUGGGCCGGUUGGGAUGGAGAAGCCUGCCUUGGUGUCAGGAAAACAUGGAGGUUUCCCCACCCAAUGAGGACAGGGGAGGGAGCCCCACACCACCCAUAGCACUUGCUUCAAGCCUGCAGGCUUUGAGGCCCCCCCCCCCCCCCAGAGGUUUCCUUGGGGCAGCCCAUUCUGGCCUGGCCUGAGUAGGGGGGGCCUGGUCAGGCCACCGCUGGUGAGUUUGAGGGUUUGACGGAUUCCCGGAGCCUAGCUGCACCCGGAUGGAUGGCCCAAGACCUUCUGUUUAGCUCCUAUGGAAGAGGGUCUCAGCCUCACAACCAGAGUCUUGUGCCGCCUCUGAGGCUCGUGGUGAAAGGCUGUCCCUCUCCAGCCUCAGUUUCCCUAACCAGAGGGGCCCUUGCUGGCCAGGGGUGAAAGUUGGGUCCUUUUUCCAUCCCUUGUGCUGGGCGACUGUAGCCAGCUCACCCAACCUCUCUGGGCCUGACUUCCUCUUAGAGUUCUACCUUGUCCUCAGAGCAUUUGUGAGUCCGAGUUCCACAGAAGAAUUCCUUUGAGUUAUUUAUUCUAUCCCGAUCACAAAUGGAGGCCCAGAGUGCGUUACAAAAAGCAAAAAUGAUGUCCGUUUGGUUUUGGAAGAAGUAGAAGGACUUUUUAUUUAAACACAUUCUGCCGAGUCUGCGAAUUAGUUUGCAUUGAAGGAGGUCACCCAGUUGCUGGGAGAUCAGGAGGCCAGCCGGGGAUGAAAACUUUGCUUGUGUAAUGUAUGGCCACCCCCCUGGGUGACUGGAGGUUGACCACAAUGGAUAAAGGGCAAGAGCACUGGUUUUGGAGUCAGAUGAUGUGCCCUCUGCCAUCCUGCCUCCUGGGCCGUGAUGCCAGCUCAAAGCUCAGAGUUGCUUUGAGGCAGAAGUGAAAUGUGGGUGAAAGUUCCUUGUAAACAGCAAGCCACUGUAAAUUACCGAUGUUAGUGCCUCACCUUAUUAAUAUUUUGGGCUUGUAUGUGGUAUUGUCCUUGUCAGGAUCCCUCAAGGAACAUUUACCUCUAACAACUCCUGUAUUAACGCAGAUCUGGCCUUACUAUCUUAUGUAUGUAUGUGUGUAUGUAAGUAUGUAUGUAUUUUUAAGUAGGCUCCACACCCAAUGUGCAGCUUGAACUCAUGAUCCUGAGAUCAAGAGUUUGUGUUCGGUCUACUGAGCCAGCCAGGCCUGCCUUACUAUUAUUUUUACGAGGUUAGACUUUGUCUUCUAUGGCAAGAUAAAGUUGUCUUGAGGGAGUGUGCUGAACAAUGAAGGCCCAGAGAAGCAACAAUGAAUAUUUUACGUGCCAAGAUGGAGGCAAGAGACAAAGUUAAUUAUAACCAAAUACUCAUAUUAGGUGGGUUUUUUUUCGUUAGGCUAUUAAGCUCCAAGAAGGCAGAGUAUUAAUACCCUUAGUUCUUACCCUUAGCUGUUGUUUAGCUGGGCUAUUAGUUCUAUAAGGGAAGUGUUUUAAUUGCUUUGUUCACUGCUGACGCUCUAGCACCUGGCACAUAGUGGGCCUAAAACAAAUAUUGGAAUGUCUCAGGGCCUGAAGGGACCUUUGACGUUCCUGAUAAAUUCACUCUCUCCUUUGACAUCUGGAGAAACAGGGCCAAAAGGGGAAUGGACUUGUCCAAGGUCACACAGGGAUUAAGCGGCUGAGCCGGGACUAGAAUCCAACAAACGGCAAAAACAGCGGCGCCAUGCUGUGCCAGAACUAACAUCUUGCAUCAGUAACUUUGUUUUGCUUUCACGGGAGCCCAAGGGGUAGCUAUUAUUAUCCUUUGAUUAUCAAUGAGGAAAUAGGCUCAGAGAGGUUAAGGGACUUACCAAAGUCACAGAGCUGUUAAGUUUCAGACUUGAAAUCCCAUCCUCACAUAAAAAUGGGAACAUGGCUUCACUUGAAGUAGGCUGCCGGAGUGGUAGGUGGUACCCUCCCUUGGGACGUCAGCUCUCUCCAAUUCUGCGUGGUCACCACCUCGGUGGCUUCUCUUGGGGCUGGAUUUUCCUAGGCCCCUAGGCGUUUCGUUUGUGUGGGUGAGCCUGUCUGCUUCAUUCGACAUGUGCCCCAGCCCUGUCGCAUUUUGCCUGCCAUGUGCACUAAAAUCUACGGGAUGGGUAUAACCCGGGGCUCUCCCACUUCAAAGCCCAUUUACUACCCCAUCCCGACAACCUGGUCUUCUGUUUUGCUCACAGGUACUUACGGGACUUUUUGACCGUGUGUGUCAGGUAGAGACCAGGAGGAACUGGGGCAAGACUUGGUUGAGAAGCUAGGUGAGGAGAUGGACCUUGUGUUUAGGAAAAGGAGAAUGGGAGGUGGGAGGGCAGAGGAGGACAGAGCUCCUCAGAUUGACAGGAGCUCCCACUUGAGCCCUGGAGAUCUCUGUUCUGGGGCUCGGCCAACCUGGAAGCUUCCCAAACCUGCAGGACACGCCCUGGCCAGACUUCAUGCCUUCUGGAUCACCUGCUAGCAUGGUCUACCCCUUCACCCUCCCACUGGGGGACGGGGCAGCCAGAGUGGCAACCCUCUCCCUGGCAGUUUCAUUUUCCAGCCACCUCGCUUGCGUCUGUGCCCAAGUGCAAAUCUUCAGGGCUCUGUGAAUCCACAGGGGUUACUCUGAAUGGUCUAUGCUGGGGAGAAUUUAAUCAUUAAAUAAGGUCAGUGUCUCCAGAAGUUCCAACUCCAGCCAAAUUUCCCUGGUCCUUACAUGCAUCCUCAUAGAAAAGUAAAUAUUUCAAGGGACAAGGUUAACUGAAGCCCCCAAGUCCAGUGGAACCAGCUCUUGAUGGCCAAAAGAGGACAGGUUUUUAGAGGACAUCAAGCGAAUCUUUCAGGCUGGGGUAUUUCAAAUACGACUACUAUUAAUAAUAAUUAGUAAUAGUAGCAAUCAUUUCUCAAGUUGCUAAACUGUGCUAAAAAUUUGUCCGAAUAAAGUUAGAUCCUUGUAAGCAGUCUGUGCCGUAGAUGAUAUUGUAAUUCCCAUGAGGGACUAAGGAUCAGAGAAGGUGAGUCGCUUGUCUUAGAUCACACAGCUAGCAUGUUACAGAAGCAGGCGUCAAACCUGGUUUGUCUGAAUCUGAAGCCCAUCUCCUUCAUGAGCCUUCAUAGUGUCUGCUUUCUCCUUUAGUCCUAACUUCUUUCCAUUAUGAUUCCUGGGGAGUAGGGGGACAGAAGCCAGUCAAGUUUUCCUGACACCCAUCAACCAGGCCCUGGUCACCUGGUCUCAGCCCAGCUUUGCCUGCCUUGCCGUGUGAUCUUGGGCACUGUUCGAGGCACACGGGAUACAUCGGGGAGUACAGUCACGGGAUCCUCGCUGAGCUAGCUCUUCCUUAGGACGACUCCUCUCUUCUGAAACUCAGUGUGGGGACAAGGGGGCAGGAAGGAGGGACUAAGAACUGGGCUUCCGAGCCUCCCAGCUGCUGCUGGUGGUGCCAUCAAGGGUCGAGGACACCAGUCCCCUGACUUUGCUCUGGCCUCUCUCCCAGCUCCCUGCCUGGCCCACAGCUAUGGCCACGAUGGUGGCCCAGAAGCUCAGCCAUCUCCUGCCCAGUUUGCGGCAGGCCCACCAGGAGCCUCGGCCGUCCAGGCGGCCAGAGCCCAUGUUCACAGUGGACCGUGCCGAAGUGCCACCGCUCUUCUGGAAGCCGUACAUCUACGUGGGCUACCGGCCGCUGCAUCAGACCUGGCACUUCUACUUCCGCACGCUGUUCCAGCAGCACAACGAGGCGGUGAACGUGUGGACCCACCUGCUGGCAGCCGUCGUGCUGCUGCUGCGGCUGGCCGUCUUCGUGGGGACCGUGGGCAUCUGGGGAGACCCGCACGCGCUGCCCCUCUUCAUCCUCCUCCUCGCGUCCUUCACCUACCUCUCCUUCAGCGCCUUGGCUCACCUCCUGCAGGCCAAGUCCGAGUUCUGGCAUUACAGUUUCUUCUUCCUGGACUACGUGGGCGUGGCCGUGUACCAGUUCGGCAGCGCCCUGGCACACUUCUACUACGCCAUCGAGCCUGCCUGGCACGCCCGGGUGCAGGCCGUCUUCCUGCCCGUGGCCGCCUUUCUCGCCUGGCUUUCUUGCACUGGCUCCUGCUACAACAAGUACAUCCAGAAGCCUGGCCUGCUGGGCCGCACUUGCCAGGAGGUGCCCUCAGCGCUGGCCUACGCGCUGGACAUCAGCCCCGUGGUGCAUCGCAUCCUGGUGUCCCCUGACCCUACCUCAGAUGACCCGGCUCUUCUCUACCACAAGUGCCAGGUGGUCUUCUUCCUGCUGGCCGCCGCUUUCUUCUCCACCUUCAUGCCUGAGCGCUGGUUUCCUGGCAGCUGCCACGUCUUCGGGCAGGGCCACCAGCUCUUCCAUGUCUUCCUGGUGCUGUGCACGCUGGCCCAGCUGGAGGCCGUGGCACUGGACUACGAGGCCCGGCGGCCCAUCUAUGAGCCUCUGCAUACCCGCUGGCCCCACAACUUCUCUGGCCUCUUUCUGCUCACCGUGGGCAGCAGUGUCCUGACCGCGUUCCUCCUGAGCCAGCUGGUACGGCACAGACUCAACCGGAAGGCCCAGUGAAUGGCGGGGGCGGGGGGGGGCAGCUGGGAGGGAGGGAGGGAGGUGUAGUGGGGGCCCAGGGGUCCGGGCUUGGCUCCAGAUGGGAACAAGGCCUGGUAACGUUGUUUGUGUCUGGCGUUCGGUGACUUUCUGUGUAUGCCUCAGCUGCCAGGGGCGGUGAUGGCCAGUCCUUGGAUUUGGGGAUUGGCCGCGAGCUGCUGGGGUUCACCGCUUGGGCCUGCCCUGGGAGAGGAAAAGAGGGAAAAAUGUGGGCCACCUUGGCCUGCCUCCCCCCAUUGCCUCUCGCUAGGGAUGAGGAUUGGGGGUCAGCUGGGCCCAGGACCUUCGUUUGGAGCUUCCAGAUGAUCUGAGAGGGAGUGACAGUGGAAUUCAGGCCAGAGUCUGCUUUGAUCUGAGAGGCAGAAGAGGGCUCAGCAAACCCCCUCUACCCAGGUAUCAUUGGUGGAUAGGAAAGGGGGAGGCUCCUAAUGUGUGUAGCCUACUCUUACCAUUCCUUGACCUCCAGCCUGGAGCUUUAGAGUUCCAGGAAGUCCCCAAAGAUGGAAGAUUGUGUCAAGUGGAAAUGGAUCCCAUCAGUGCCCCAUACCUCUUCAGUCAUCUCCCCACCCAGUGAGCCCCCAGCCUUUCUAGUUCCGGUCUUGAUGUCCUGCAUAUCCUGUUCCCAGCCUGUCUCCUGGUUUCCUUGAUCACGGUUCAGUUAUGCUUCCGUGUUUCCUGGGCCUCUGCUCAGAGUCAGGCCACCAGCUGGCCUCUGGAUCAAUGCAGGAUGAUAAAAGCUUUCACAUCAGAAUGACCUGUCAGGGGAAGCACUGAGGAGGGGAAUAAUCAGUGCUGCCUGUGACCCUCAAGGUCUUGGGUUGGAAAGGGUGAAUGGAGAAGUGCAUUCCUGGUAGAGGAAAAACCUAUACAAAGGCCUUCCUUUGUACGGAAGGAAGAGUUCAGUGGGGCUGGACUUAGGGGUGGUCUGAACUCUGAUGCAAUAAAGUAACUGUGAUAACA